UGACGUCACCAUGGAAUUUCCUUAUUUAAAUAACCCAAAAUAGUAGGAGGUGUUGACAGGGAAGUGAUUCACUAAAGAUGGCGGAGCGGCAGAGAGCCAGGCUUAUCGAGCUAACACAACAAGAUGGCAAUGACCACUGUGCAGAUUGUGGAUCUAAAAAUCCUGACUGGGCAUCUUGUACUAUAGGUGUAUUUGUUUGUAAUGUAUGUGCUGGUAUACACAGGAGUUUAGGCUCAUCACAGAGUCGCAUCAAAUCUAUUAGGUUAGAUAACUGGGACAGAGACCAGGUGCAGGUGAUGGAAAUGAUAGGUAAUAAUAAAGCUAAAGAAAAAUAUGAAAUGCAUGUCCCUUCCUAUUACAAGAGGCCAACUAGUCAGACUGUUGAUGUUUUAAAAAAAGAGUGGAUUCUAGCAAAAUACCAGAGGCUAGAGUUUACAGACCCAGAUAAACAGAUGUCUUAUAAUGUGGCAGAAAAAACGGGUAUUCUUUGGAAGCUUGGUAGAGAUCGAAAGCAAUUUGCACAGCGGAAAUUUGUCCUCUCUAGAUCUGAAAAUAAGCUGUACUACUAUGUUAAUGAAGACAAUGGCAAGCAAAAACAGCCCAAAGCUGAAGCUGACUUGGAUUUCUUAAAUGCAGUGUUUGUCCCAGAAAAGAUAGGCAAUCCCUACGGGCUGCAAAUUACAUAUUUCAAAAAUGGCUCUACCAGAAACUUGUUUGUUUAUUCAGAAAAUUCAAAAGAUAUAGUUGAUUGGUUUAUGUGCAUUAGAGCUGCCAAAUGGGAGAGAAGAAGAAUAGCCUUCCCUGACAGAGAUCUGACACAGCUUGCUGAAGACUUGACCAAAGAUUUUCUAGCAGAAGGUUGGCUUAGUAAGAUGGGACCUAAAAAUGAACCAUUCAGAAGACGUUGGUUUACUUUAGACCGUAGAAAGUUGAUGUAUUUUGAAGAGCCACUGAAUGCUUUCGCAAAAGGUGAAGUUUUUAUUGGUCACAAGGAUGGUGGCUACAGCAUAACUACAGGCGGGGAAGAAGGAGACAGAGGCUCCAACAGUCAGAAUGUGAACAGUAGCUAUUGUUUUACAUUACACACACCUGAUAGGAAAUUUGUCUUGAGGGCGGAAACCCAGGAGGAGAUGCACAAGUGGUUACUGGAGCUUCAGAAAGUUGUGGAGAUGCCUUUAACAACACAGGACAGUAAAUUGGCUGGCUUGCUGGUGCCCAAGAAGUCAUCUAAUUCCUUCCGUCUUAUAAAAAGAUAAAACACUCAAGCCUGCUAGUUCCUCAUUCUAGUGAUCUGUUGAACACAAGAUGAAGAUGCGAGCAUUAGGGAGCUGAGAGCUUCACUUCUAACUGAAAGCAUGUUGAAUGUAAGAGAUCUGCUUGUUCCAUAUGUCAAUCUUACAUUCAUUUACCACUGACUGAUAUUUGACAAAUAUCGUUAAUGUCCUCACCCAAGAUUAUACAUUACUGUGGCUGUAAUAUAUGAAAUAAAACUAUGGUGCUAUUUUGCAUCUUAUUUUUAUCACAUGUUAAUUUUUACUCACUUAAAGUACACACGAAGAAAAUAUUAUCACUUUUGUGUUGUAUCCUCAAAAUGUAAACAGUGAAUGAGUUUAACCUUUAUUUCUACUUCAAAACAUUGUAUAUAAUCCUAUUUCAUUAAUUUCAAAUAUCAUCUUAUAUUCAUUUAAAGAAGUAUUAUUAACAAUACAAUAUCAUCUGUUGAGAUUAGUUUUCAUUCUGUGAAUUAGUUGUUUAAACAAUGUUAUUGAUAAAGUUUUGUAAUGAAGUUUUGAUAGGGUAUUUAUUUUGAAUGGAAAAAGGUUUCUGUAUGUUUGUCAUAGAUUAAUUGUAUAUUUUAUUUUAAUCAGGACCAGUGAUUGGGGACCAUUACAACAUAACUUUAUCAUUUUAUGGCACUAAGAGUUAUUAAAUAAUAUUUUAAAUAUUUUUUUUUGUCUUUUGUCUGCAUGAACUUUAAAGAAACACACUUAUCUUUUGAUUUUCCAGUAAACUUCAAUUUAAUUGCACAAAAUUCUUAUUUGAAGGCCAGUUUUGUCAUAGUCAUAUUUUAUGUAUCAUAAAAUUUCACAUUAUAUUGAAACAUGAUCAUGGUUAGAUCUGGUGAUUGAACAUUCUGUAGAGCAAAUUAUUUCAAUUUGAAAUUAGGAUGAUAUAAAUAUUGAAUAUUCAUUUAAAUCAUUGGCUUUUUAUUUAAUAUAGAUGUAGUAAUAAUGUUUGUCAUUUUAUUAUUUUUUCUUUUUACAUUACAAAAGCAAUGCUACAUAUGUGCUGAAUAGAAUAUACCACCAUGCCACUAAUCUAACAUUGGAUGAAAAUAUGUUUGCCCCCAUCGAAAGAAAGAAAUUUAGUAUAAUAGUUGCAGUUUAAAUUGUAUAAUUGAUUUAUAAUUAUUAUUUUAUUUGAGAGUUGUGCUUCAUGUCUCAAAGUUUACUGAUUUUUCAAUUGUAUUUAUUUGACAUUAUUGUACAUAUUCUACUACAUUUUUUUUCACAUAAAAUUGUCACUAGUCAUCCAAAUAGAAUUGAAUUGAAGCUUAUAGACAACAAGUUGGAUAGAAUGAAUCUUUCAAAAAUGUUUGUAUGGGUAAAAAGCAUGUGCUAUGCUGGUAGUUUUUUGGUUUUUAAAGAAAGUCUUGUCCAUUCUUGUCACGCUGAUUUUAUAGACGAGAUAUGAUCUAUUGUUGCAAUCAUUUGUCAUUUUUGACAAAUUAAUCUGUGUUUGUUUUUUUUUAAACCACAUUUAUUUAUAUUCUGCUUUGGCACCUAAAGAUUUUUUGCUAUUAGCUUGUGCAUUUAAAUGAAGUCCAGAUUUUUAGAUUAUAGUCUGUCAAAUUUAGAUUGAUCUAUAUCAUACAUUUGACAGGUUGGAGGUUGUGAUUAGUUUAAUGUUGUUGUUUUACUUUUAAACAAAAAACAACUUAGCUUAUAUCUUUAAGAAAGGAAAUUAAUAGAUAAAUGAGAACAUUUGUAAAAUUGGAAAACAAAUUAACUUGAAAUGUAUAAAUUAUUUUUUAAUACACAAUUUUGCUUGAAAUGAAAUUAGAAUACCCUAAACACCUUGUCCUCACUAAUUAAUUGUUGCCUCAAAAAAAAAUUGUUAUGGGCAUACAUUUAAAAUUUUCAAAACUAAUACCCAGUUUAAGUCAAUAAAGUUCAGCUAAUAGAGUGAUAUAUUAAGCUUAAUGCUUUAUAUAAAAAGAACGAGUUUGUUUGUUUUUUUAAAUAGAAAUCUUUUUGGCAGCUAAUAGAUAAAAAUUCUUAAUGUGACUUUAAAUUUAAUUUUUUUUUACUGUUUUGGGUUCUGAAAAGGUGAGACACAACUAGAUGAAAGAUGAAAUUCAGCAAAAAGAAAUUCCACACAUAUUUCUAUUAGAAUUCACCUACAGAAUAAUAAAUGUAGCAAUUAACAGCAGCCAAUACAAAAAAAAAAAUAUAUAUAUUUUUCAACUUUUAUUCAUACCGUAUCUAAGGGUUUUUUUUAAAUUACAUUUUACAUUUUGAUUUAUCUCAUGAUUAUAUGAGUAUAAUAGACUUAUUUAAAAAUGAAGAUUUUGAUUUAAUUAUUUUUAUUGCAAUUACUAAAUUAAGUUACAGGUAUAAUAAAGUUACUACUGAUUUUAAGACUAUAAUGUCCUAACUAAAUUGUAAUAUAAAAAUAUUUAUGAUUUAUAACUAUUAUCAUUUAUAGCAGAGAUUUUCAUAUUUAUAAAACCUUUUAAAUUAAGCAAUCCAUUUAUUUUUCAUUAUUGUCUGCUAACAAUGUGUGCCUUUUACGUAAGAGAUGUUAGGUGACCCUGUGAAUCAGUUUUUGUUGUUUCUACAACUGCAUUUGCUUUGUGAGAUAUAUAAUGUUUAUGAUGAAUGACUAUUGUAAAUGUUAAUGUAAAUAGUUAUUACAAUGUUAUGAAUGAUUGUAUUCACCUCAUAUGUGACUUUUUCUUAUUUUCAUUCAUUAAAGAUUAUUAGUUCUAA